CAGCUAAUUACACAUGUGCACAAACCUCUUAAGAUACAAAAAUCGAAGUCUAUUCUUAAAAAGGGCUGGGACAGAAAGAGCCAAAGCCUGGAAGAAGCUGCCCCCUGCACGGAGCUAUGCGGGACUGGUGCUAACGCUGACUUGGGAUCAGGGCUGGAAACCUCCAGUGGCUCCUGUGUGUGUUGGACAUGCCUGCCCCUUCCUUCCAUUCUUGGGGAUCUGCAGUUACCCAGGAAAGGCUCCUGUUCAUCCCGUAAGAGCAGGAAAACUGCAACGGUGCCCAGGUGCCUACGGGCAGUGACCCUGAACACCACACAUGGGCCCCUUCCCAUGGAACGGACCCACUGAAGUUCUGCAGGGAGGAGCUGGUGGAAUGAAGGAUGCUGCACCGGAGGAAGUUGUGGGCUGCUACAACCCUGUGUAUGAUGCUUCUCCUGUGGCAGGUUCAUCAGUCCUUGUACCUGGGGCAUUCUGCCUCUUCCUGGAGCCUUGGAGACAUGCUGUGGCCUCUGUCUGUCUCAGAGGCCAAGCCCUGUGGCUGUGCCAGCUGUAUUGUGGAGCUCAGCAGCUCAGCCUGGUUUAACAAACGGUACGACUCAGCGAUAAAUCCCCUGCUGACGGUGCACACCUCCAAGAUCGCCCCAGACGUUCUGUUGUGGUGGCUGGAACUGCAGGGCUCGCAGAGCAGUGCCCAGCUCCAGGGAAUAAUCCAGCAAAUGUUUGACAUUCUCCCAUCCCCAACGCUGGACGCUCGCGCCCCCUCCCGCUGCAGGACGUGUGCGGUGGUGGGGAACUCCGGGCGCCUGCGGGGCUCCCACCAUGGGCGAGAGAUCGACUCCCACCACUGGGUUCUGAGGAUGAACAGGGCGCAGACUGCUGGGUUCGAGGAGGAUGUCGGCGCGAGGACAACGCACCGCUUUAUGUACCCAGAGAGCGCUGUGGACCUCCAGCCUGGGGUCCACCUGGUGCUGGUCCCCUUUAAACCUCUGGACCUGAAAUGGGUGACCAGUGCCUUCUCCACGGGGGAGCUGCGCUACACGUACACAAGAGUCAAACAGUUCAUUGAAGCCGACAGAAGCAAGGUGCUAAUCUUGAACCCUGCCUUUCUCAAAUACAUCCAUGACAAGUGGACUCAGCACCAUGGGAGGUAUCCAUCCACUGGCUUCACAGCACUGCUCUUUGCCUUGCACACCUGUGAUCAGGUGGCAGUGUUUGGUUAUGGUGCAGACAACAGUGGGAACUGGCACCACUACUGGGAAGAGAACCGUCACCCUGGAGCCUUCCGCAAGACCGGCGUGCACAGCGCUGACUUCGAACUCACCCUCAUCAAGAAACUGGCAGCUGAAGGCAAAAUCUCCUUUUAUAACUAGCUAAGGGGGCUGCUCCAGGGCCUCUUCAGCCUUUGCUACCCUAACGCCAUCCCCCAGACAGGCAGCGCCUCCUCCCGCGGGAGCUCCACUAUCCACACCCAGCCCCACUGGCUCAGGGAGCAUGACUGUUCGGCGUUGCAGCAGAACCAAGAACUCGUCAAAGCUAGAUUCUGACCAUGCUGCCCCAUUCCUCUGGCUUUUCUUCGCUGAGAGGGGAAGCUCUGGAGGGGGGUGUCUGGCUAUCCUGGUAGCCAGCCCCGCCCCGUCAUCACUCAGCAAUGGCUUUACCCUCUCAACACCCCAGGAGGUUGGCCAGCUGGGGAACUUGCCCAAAGCCACCCAGGAAGGCUGCAGCAGAGCAGGGGCAUUGCAGUGUGUGGUGUUGCCCAGUGCACAGCCGCACAUUGCUGCAGCUUUUCGGGGCGCCUAUGACCUGAUUGCUGGUUACUUUGAAUAUGAAUGAGAAGCUGAAGAGCCGUUCACAGGGGGGCACAGGGUUUUACAGGGAGCCCCAGGGACAGCUGUGUGCACAGUAAGCCACUAAAGGGAGGCAUGCAAGGUCUUUACCGAGAGACAGCAACCCCCCUCGGCAUCAGCACUGUGCCAUGUAUGGCUGCUGGGUAAUAUUUAAGGCAUUAUGUAUUGUGAUAGACCCAGGCCAGUUAGGACCAGCAGAGUAGGAGAAGGGAGAUAUACCGGCCACUGGAGAAGCAGUUUUCUGUUCCCUGAGUGACCAGAGCAGGGGCUGCUCCAGGCUAACGAGAACACCUGACUGCAAUUAACCUGCUAAGAGUCAGGUGAGGCUGUUAAGCACCUGACUCUAAUUAAG